GUGACGCUGCCGACAGCGCUGUCCUCGCGCAGGCUGGCUCUGCAGCUGCUCCCCCUCCGCUCCUUUCUGCCAUCUCUACGCUGCCCCCGCGCACCCUACCCGGUCCCCCUGUAGCCAACUUGUAGCCUGUAGCAUCCCGAUCUCGCCAUGCCGUCUCCUCCGGGCAGCCCGCGCUCCUCAACGAGCGCGGAUUCUUUUGCGUCUGGCCGCCAAUCCCCCCUGGGCGGCUUCGACUCCUCUGCCGCGCUCAUUCUCGUAUCCGACGCGGAGGACACCCCGAACAACACCUCCUUCGGGUUCUCUAGCGACGACGACGACGCAGACGACCUCGACCUCGACCAGUCUGAUCUCCAGCUGGACCGUCUGCGCGGCUCCGCCGUCCCGCCCCUCUCCUCCGUCUCUGUCUUCCUGUACCUCCUCGCGCCGUAUCUCAAGCUUGGCGCGCUCCUCGUGCCCGAGGCGGGCGUCCUAGGCAAGACUGGUGCGCUCGCGGUUGUGGUGUUCGCUGUACUGUCGGCGUUCACGCGCCAGAUCUGGUACAUGCUCGCGCGCUAUGUCCGGCGCGCCGACCUGGAAGAGAUCGUGCUGGAGACGUUCGCGCGGGGAAGGGGCAAGGAGCGCCGGCGGUCGGUUCUUCGCCAGCUCGUCCGCUUUUUUGUCGGCGCACUUAGGGUGUCUACUGCUGCACUCUAUCUCCGAUUCUCCGUCGACUGCUUGUUGCCCUUCAUCCCGGAUGCCCUCGCCGUUCCGUCUAGGAUUAUCACUUCGCUCGUGUUCGCGGCAUUCAUCGCCCCUCUGUACUCCUCGCGGUCUCUCGAAUCCCGCGGGGUGGUGUACGCCUCUUGGUUUUCAAUCGUAGCGUACGCUGCGUGGUUCUCUUGUACGGCUUAUAUGCAUGCCAAGGACAUGCUUGUACCGGUUGGCGACUCUGCCACUUUGGGUAAAUUAUGGCAGGGAAUACCGGUCGUGGCGUUCACCUUCAGCACCUGGUGGACAGUGCCCCUGUAUGCUUCCCUGAAAGGCACUUCGCAACCGAUGACCCCGAAGCCUAGGCGGGCGCAAUCUUUCAGGCUGUUGGCUGCCUUGUCUAUAGCUAUCGCUGUAGCAGUUGUAUUGCCCCUCGCAUUCUUCGAUGCGUCUACACCUUCGCAAAUCCCCUCUACGAGCAUUAAAUCGACGUCUGCGGUGUUCAGCGCCGCCGCGCUGUUGCUCUCCAUCCCCUCCAUCUUGGUCACCACACCUGCGCUACCCAUCCCCAUCUCUAUCCGGCGAAGCACGAAUUUCCCCCUCUCGAAGGUUCUCAUCUACAUUAUCACUAUUUGCCUCGCGAUCCUUCCAGCGCACAUAACGCGCUUCGGGAGCGAUGUCAUCCUCAUCCUCGCCUUCCUCAGCUCAUUCGUAGUGCCCGCGUUCAUUCACAUCACAAUCCACAACUUCCGGCGACCGCUGUCGAUCGUGAUCCCGCCGGCGACGCCAAAUCCGAACGCACCGCGCCUCGAGCCGAGCGACUCGCGGCACGACGAGCUGCUACAACGCAAGGAGCGCACGCUGCAGCGUCGCCGACUUGGGCGCCGGCUCAUCUGGGACGUCGGCGUGUGGGUGCUGCUCGUGCCAGUCGGCGGUGGCGGCGUUGCGUGGGCCGUGGGGCGGAUGGCGGGUAGGUGGUAGCCGUCCUGUUGAGGCCCGAGUAAGAGCUGCGAAGCGUGAUAGAUGUAAAGUAGAAGCUGCCGUCACACGGACAGCUGCAUGCCUCUGGCGCGGGACGGACGGAGGGCGGCAGAGAGGCUGGCUAGUCUUGCCGCAGGCGAGGGACCUCGAUUCGAGCCGCUGUAUUUGUACUGUACGCUACAAUGUGCUGGGUAUUCGUGUCUCCCUGUGCACACACACACGUGUCGUUCGUCCGGAUUUGGCGGCGUUGUGG